AUGUCUGUGAAAUUACCGUCAGUAAUUGACUCCGAUUUGAAUUCGCUUUAUGCUGCUGAUGAAAAGCCUUACUUGUUUCAAAAUGAUAACGAUUUGCCAGAUGAUGUUUUGAUCAACCAAAACUUGCCACUUCCACAGGAAAUGAGCGCCAGAUCUGUCAAGAUUCCGGGCACCGCGAAACCUGGAUUUUCCGAAAUUUACAGAAAUGGGGCACUUCCCAAUGGAAUAAAGGAAACCAUCACUCCAGAAUUGAACACUUACCCGAAACUAUUUGCGUCUUCUGCAAAAAGACAAGCCAAUAACCCCUGUUUAGCUUACCACGAGUAUGACUACGAAAACGACGAACACAAGGAGAGAUAUGCCUCGCAAACUUACCAGCAAGUUGAUAAUCGUAAGACCAACUUUUUUAACGGAUUGAUGUUUUUGUUGGAGUCGAACCCAUACAAGAAUCUUUCAUUGGAGCCACAUCAAAAAAUCCUCAAUCACACAAAAGAAUACACAGGGUUCAACAAGGACAACUUAUCCUUCAUAGUCACGUUGUACUCUGGAAAUAGAGCCGAAUGGAUAAUUACAGAUUUGGCUUGCUCGGCCAACUCUGUUACCACGACAGCACUUUACGACACUUUGGGUCCGGAUUCGUCGAAGUAUAUUCUUGGAAUUACGCAAUCUCCAGUCGUCGUUUGUUCAAGGAAUAAAGUUGAAGCUUUGAUCAAAUUGAAGGCUGAAAACCCAAAAGAAUUGGAAUCGUUGAUCACCAUUAUCUCAAUGGACCCAUUGAAGGUUAAAGGGAAAUCGUAUGCAUCGUUGGUUGAGUUAGCUGAGAGGAACAACAUUAAAUUGUAUGAUUUCGAUCAAGUCGAAAAGAUUGGAGAGGUUUUCCCAAGGGAAGAAACAAGCCCAACUCCCGAUACAACUUUUACAAUCACCUUUACUUCUGGUACUACAGGUGCUAACCCCAAGGGAGUGUUAUUGCUGCAACGUGCAGUUGUCAGUGCACUAUUAUCAUAUGCCAUGCUAUUACCUCACAACAAGUUAACGAAAGAGUUUUGCUUUUUGCCAUUAACUCACAUUUUUGAAAGGCAAAUGUGUGCUUCAAUUCUUUUUUUUGGAGGAACAGUUGGACUCCCUCGGUUGGGUGGUACUCCGCAAACAUUGUUUGAAGAUUUGAAACUUUUCAAGCCCACGUUUCUCGCCUGUGUUCCCAGAAUCUUCACCAAGUUGGAGGCAAGUAUCAAGGCUUCAACUGUGGAUUCAUCGUCAAAACUUAGUAGGGCAAUGUACACCCAGGCCAUUGAAACAAAACAACGGAAGCAAGAACAAAAUGAGAACAAAGGAGAUCAUUUCUUGUUUGACAAGACGUUAAUCAGAAGCUUACGUUCCAGGUUCGGUUUUGAUGACAUGGAAUUUUGCAUGACCGGCAGUGCACCCGUUGCAGCUGACACAAUCAAGUUUUUGAAAGCUAGUUUAGGAAUUGGUAUGAGUCAGGGAUUUGGAAUGAGUGAGACUUUUGCCGGCAUGGUAUUCGCGUUACCUUUCCAUUCACCAAGUGUUGGGACCUGUGGUCCCAUAAGUCCCGUUGUUGAGGCAAGGUUAAAGGAGCUUCCCGAAAUGGGCUAUCAUUUGAAUGAUGAAGGUGGACCCCGUGGAGAGUUGCAGUUGCGCGGAUCUCAAAUGUUUAGUCACUACUACAAGAAUCCAGAAGAGACAAAGAAGAGUAUCGAUGAAGAUGGGUGGUUCUCUACUGGAGAUGUGGCUCAAAUCACAAAUGAAGGUUGGUUCCGUAUAAUUGAUAGAGUCAAGAACUUUUUCAAGUUGGCACAAGGAGAGUAUGUUACGCCUGAAAAGGUUGAGAACCUAUACCUUUCAGCCAAUUCCAUCUUGACACAAAUGUUUGCACAUGGAGAUUCAACUCAAUCGUUCUUAGUUGGUAUAAUCGGAGUUGAUCCAAUCGGGAUUGGGAAAUUUCUUGUUGAGAAAUGCAACAUCCCACAAGGAGACUUGGACACGGAGAAGAAAAUCCUUGAGGCAUGUAACAGACGUGAGAUAAGAACCCGCAUUUUGUUACAAUUAAACACAAAUAUUGGGUCUGUACUCAAUGGAUAUGAGAAGUUGGCUAACAUAUAUGUCGAGUUUGAACCUUUGAGGUUAGAAAGAGAGGUGAUUACACCUACAACCAAAUUAAGAAGACCAAUUGCUGCCAAAUUUUUCAAGUCGCAAAUUGAAGCGAUGUAUAAGGAAGGAUCAAUUUUGAAAGAUUUGAAGUUAUAG